AUGGGCGGGCCUCGUGGUGAAGGUGGUUUAAGGGCUUCCACGUGGAGGGUUGCGCUGUGGAGGCAUAAAAACGGUGCUUUUCCCAGGUGCCAGUGGCUGCGUGAUCAGGGAGUGAAGUUGGUGGAGUGUGAACACACAAAGGAUAUUCUCGUGAUUUAUGAGCAGGAGGCAGAAGAGUGGGCUCUGUAUUUAAAAACUAUUUUUGGACACAUACUGAAUGAAGAAGGAAUCUUACUCUACAGUCUUGAGACAUCUUCUAUCAAGCACUUGGAGUUAUUUUCUUUAUCCUGUUAUAAAUGUAAACUAUUGAUACUAUCAUGUGGACUUCUUAGAAGUCUGAAUCAAAAGAGAGGUUAUUUUCUUGAGCAACUUCUCAAACCUCCAGAUAAUGUGGUGAUUCUACUUUGUGGGGUAGAGAAUUCAGACAUUCUUUAUGACAUACUGACUUUAGAUGGAGGCAGCAAAGAGAUCUCCACUGAUCAAGAACCUGAGGAAUAUCUCUCCGUUGUUACUGGAAUUAUUCAAUCAGGCAAACCACAGAACAAACACCUUGAAGACUCUCUCUCCUAUGUAUAUGAAGCAGUUCUUGCAGAUGAUUACCAAAGUAACACUGAUGUUAGCUUGUCAAAUAUCAGAGGAGCAUCAGAAAAAACAGAUCUUUUUCUGGAAACAAAGGAAGAUUCUGAAACACUAGAAACUAAUCAGCGAUCAGCAUUGGUGCUCCCGGCUAGGAUAUCAUGUGAAAACCCUGGUGAAAUAUUCAUUUUGUUGAAAGAUGAAAUAGAUGAUGAAACUUUAGAAAUUGAAUUCAUAGCAGACAAUAAACGAAUUAGGACACAGCCAGCCUCUUGGAAUCAGAAGGUCAAGUACAUGAAAGCCUUAGAGUUUCCUGCUGGUCCUGUAUAUGUAAAUGUCUACUGCGGAGGAGUCAUUAAGGCCACAGCGCAGAUCGAAUACUAUACUGCACUAGAGGAGAUUGAGAACAUUCUCAAAAAAGUGGCUGACCCAAUAGCUUUUGCUUGUCAGCAAACUUUUGAGUUCUCUUCUGUAGAGAAGCUGGACAAUGUUUUGACUUUGUUACUGAAAAGCAAGAUGUAUGCUUGUGAAUUCAGCACGUUCCAAAGUGAAGAAGAGCACCAUCAAAAAGCUAAUAGGCAUUUGGAAGAACUUCCCACUCUUCUUCACUGUGCAGCCAAAUUUGGAUUAAAGAACCUUGCUGCUCUUCUACUCAGGUGUCCCAAGGCCACACAGGCUUGCAACAUAACCAACAAAAAUGGAGACAAUCCAGCAGGUAUUGCUAGAAAGCAUGGUCACAAGGAACUACAAAAAUUAAUUGGAGAUUUUUUGUUUAAUACGGCAGAUAACCUCACCAGCUGUGAGGAGGAAGCGGAAGAGGAUGACACUUACGUCCUUAUGUUAGGCUCCGAAACUCAACCAGCCGCUGCAUUAAAAGCCAAGCAGAACCCAGGGGAUCAGCAUGGGAUUGGAUCAAGAUGCCAAAGAGAAGCUGAGGUGGAUGUAGAAAAGAACGAUGAUGUAGAAGAUAGCGGGAAAGAAACAGAGACAGAACAUGAAGAAGAUGAAGUAGGGGAAGAUUCCUACAGCUUCGACAGCAAUCCUGACAGUUUGUAUGCCAAUGUAUGUAAUGAUGGUCCUGAGGAGAACAGAAGAGACUCUUUUUUCUACAAGAGGCCACCCCUUCUUCCCCCUCGAAAUCUGCCUGGCACCCUAAGACAGGAUGAUCUGCACAGCUUGUCGCAAGAGAGGAAUUUGAUGGAAAACAGAAGUGAAAGAGAACACAGUGAUGGAGUCAUAACAGCGUGCUAUGGAGAAGACCAAGACACGUGCGAGGGAGAUGAGGAGGAGGAGGAUCCAUACACUUCUGCUAAGUUGGAUGAAUCUGUGUACGAUAUGAUACUGGCUGAUGAUGAGGAGGAGAAAAGGAAAGAACGCAGGUCUUUUAUUGUGAACAGGCCUCCAGCUCCUGCCCCUCGUCCUGUAUGUUCACCAGUCAGAGAGGAGAACACUCCCUAUAUAGUACAAGUGUUUCAGCAAAAGGCCACCAGAACGCCCAGUGACCACAACAAGGUGUGCUGCGAUGUCAGGAAACAAGCAGCAUACAGAAGCCAUACUGACAUGGUGACUUACAGCACUUUGAAACACACCAUCCCAGCUGAACAAGAAGAUCUGAUCCAUUUGCAGGAACAGGUGAAAAAGGGGGCAAUUUCUGUGGAUGAAGCACUUGAAAAAUUUAAACAAUGGCAGAAUGAAAAAAGCAGAUUGCAGUCUGCUCCGCAGGAAAAAGCGCGUCACGUUAGAGAAAACAACGUUGGAAACAGACUAGAAAAGGAAAGCCUGAAUGUUCAUAAGGAAAGCACACCAGAGAGCCUUCAUUUCAGAGACCUGUUAUACUAUACGCCAUUUAAUAAAACAUCUCCAACUAGAAACCCAGUAGACAAGGAACAGAUACCUAAUUAA